AUGAACAGUGAGGAGAUCGCGCAGCCGCCGCCGCGCAGGCAGGGGGAGGCCCCCGGCGGCUCCAGCUCUGACCCGCCGUCGUCGGCGCGAGCGACGGCGACGGCGCCGAGGAGCGGCGGAAGCGCCGGGGGCGGAGGGAGCACCAGCCGGGACUGGGACGAGGUGGAGGCCGAAGCCGGCGGAGAAGCGCCGCCGGAGCGCAGCGGGGCGGAGGGAAAGCACCGCCACCCCCCCGUGGCGGAAGAGGAGGCCGACCCGAGGGGGAGGGCCGCGGCCCUGGAAGGAGGGGAGACCUCCGGGCGCGCCAGAAUUCAAGAAAGAGAAAAUUCAGAAAAAGAACAUCAGUGGCUUGUAUUAGAGGCAAGUCUGACACCAUGGGAAGAGUGGUUUGUUUGCAAAGAAAAAGAGCAACGUGCUCGUCUACAAAACAGAGCCUUGGAGGAACUAAGUCUACAACAAGAGAAAAGAAAAGAAGUAGAAGAGCGUGAAAAAAGAAAAAAAUAUGCGGAGGAAAAACACAAGGAAUGGCUUCACAAAAAGAAUGAACAGGAAAGAAAAGAAAGGGAAAAGAAGCUUAAUAAAGAAAUGGAAGAAAAAGCAGCAAAGGACCUAGAGAAAGAGCAUUUGCAAGAAAAAGCUAAAGAAAAAUAUAAAGAAUGGUUAAGGAAAAAAAUGGCUGAAGAACAUGAGAGGAAAAAAAAGGAAAAGGAAAAAGAAAAGCAGCGGCUUGCUGAACAACAGGAAAAAAAAGAAAUCUCUGAAAAGAAGUUUAAGGAAUGGCUGCAAAAUGUGAAAAACAAACCUCGUCUCAUUCCAAGGAGCUAUGGUUAUGCCAAUGGGAAACUGACAGGUUACUACAAUGGAAUUGCCUGCCCACCGCCAAGCUUUUAUAAUCCAAUCCCAUGGAAGCCUAUUUACAUUCCCCCGCCUAAGGAAUCAAAGACUGCUAUUACUGUGAAGAAGAGCAAAAGACCUGUGUCCAUUCAGCCUUACAGAAAAAGAGCAUGGAAUGAAAAUUUGUUGUGGCAAUUUAAAAAUCAGCGUGGCUGUUGA